CCUGUCAGACCGGCGGAGCCCGAGUGCCCCUCGGAUCUCCGGAAGGAUAGCCUUGGCGGGUCUCUUUGGAGACGUGCAAGAAACAAGGUUGAUGCCUCUUCGCGCAGCUGGGAACUGGGAAUAAGAGAAAUCUCCGGUGGGAGAGAGCCGAAGCGACCCCCUCUUUCCCCCUCCCGCUCUUGGGGUGACUCUCCCGCCAGCUUUCCUCCUCUGCUGCACUUUCUCCCCUGCUCCUGUCUGCUGCUCGGAUCAUGUCAGCGAAGCUCCUGGCGGGUGUCUUCCUGCUGUCCGUCUUCCAAGCCUGUUCAAGAAAGGUUGAAGAGGAUGACUUUGAAGAUUUCACAACAAACCAGAAAUGGGUUAUGUCUCCCAAAGCACACGACACUGAUGUCACACAGUUGUUAAACCAGUUGUUGAGUGAAUAUGAUAAAAAGCUACGUCCAGAUAUUGGAAUGAAACCUACUGUAAUUGAUGUUGACAUUUAUGUGAACAGUAUUGGUCCAGUGUCAUCUAUAAAUAUGGAAUAUCAAAUUGAUAUAUUUUUUGCUCAGACAUGGACUGACAGCCGCCUUCGUUUUAACAGCACCAUGAAAAGAAGUCUUACCCUCAACAGCAAUAUGGUUGGGUUAAUUUGGAUCCCAGAUACUAUCUUCAGGAAUUCUAAAACUGCAGAAGCUCAUUGGAUUACUACACCAAAUCAGCUCUUGAGAAUAUGGAAUGAUGGCAAGAUACUGUACACAUUGAGGCUUACCAUCAAUGCUGAAUGCCAGCUGCAAUUACAUAAUUUCCCAAUGGAUAAGCAUUCAUGCCCCCUGGUAUUCUCCAGCUAUGGCUAUCCUCGAGAAGAAAUGAUGUACAGAUGGAGAAAAAACUCAGUAGAGGCUGCAGAUCAGAAAUCAUGGAGACUUUAUCAAUUUGACUUCAUGGGUCUCAGAAAUACCUCUGAAAUUGUGGAAACAUCAGCAGGUGAUUAUGUAGUCAUGACUAUAUACUUCGAUCUAAGUAGAAGAAUGGGAUACUUUACUAUUCAAACAUUACAUUCCACUAGCCUUAUUAACCAGUUGUCCCUGUCCUGGCUCCACCUCUGGAUUAAAGUCAAGGAAGUCACCCCUGCCAGACAGGCCACCUGUAUCACCACUGUAUUAACCAUGACAACUCUCAGCACCAUUGCAAGAAAUUCCUUACCCCGAGUGUCCUAUGUCACCGCCAUGGAUCUGUUUGUGACUGUGUGCUUCUUAUUUGUCUUUGCUGCUCUAAUGGAGUAUGCAACCCUCAACUACUAUUCAAGCUGCAAGAAACCGCACUGUAAAAAGAAGAAAAAGUCGCUACCAGAUGUUAGCUUUGGGCACAUGAUGAAUUAUUCUGUACUUGAGAUGAGACCUCCUCCUACAGUCAUCGCAUUGAAUAAUGCCAUGUACUGGCAAGAAUUUGAAGACAAUUGUAUCUAUGAAUGUCUGGAUGGGAAGGACUGUCAAAGUUUUUUCUGCUGUUAUGAAGAAUGUAAAUCAGGCUCAUGGAGGAAAGGACGGAUACACAUAGACAUCUCAGAACUAGACUCUUAUUCAAGGGUCUUUUUCCCUACAUCUUUCCUGCUGUUCAACUUGGUGUACUGGGUUGGAUACCUCUAUCUCUAGGAGUAGUGAAGGAAACUGUUUUCACACUUCUUAAGGAUGGCAAACAUGAAGAAGUACAGGACGCAGCCAGUUGCAUCUCAAGUCUAAAGGUCACCUUACCUUUUUUCAUCAAAGAAGGAGAAGAAGUUAUUUAUGCCUUUGAAAAAAAAUAUCAUUAUUGAUUUCAAGUAUGAUAUUUUGCUAAGUACACCAGUCACUGUUGUGUUACACAUCAUUGUUCCUACAUGAUGGAGUAUUUACUGUUUCUCUGGGUUACAGAUUGCUAUGUAGCAGGCUAAGAAGCUAUGGGCAAAUAUCAUCGAGGUUUUCCAUUCUUACGGGCCAUUCUAUUUUAUGGAGUUUAAUCACCACCACCCCAUGAAAAGCCACUGAAACUCACAUGUAAGAGUCAAGAAGUUUGUAUCUUCUGGUUCAACUUUGAGGUGAAUUGACACAUUUCAACACUUGCUUCUCUCAAGAAUAGACAUGAGUAACUUUCAAUGCAUUUUAACGAUUUAGUGUUUAUUUUAACAGUUUACCCCUUUUAUUGGUCAAACUGCAGGAAAUGAAUUGAUUUCCAGAAACUUGAAACGUGACAAGGCAUAACUUGUUAUGAUAGUGUAGCAGAUUGUAGCUGAUAGGACAUAGGGUUCACUAUAUAAUAGCACUAGGAGGAUGUAAUUACCGGUAACUGCAAAUUACAAUUCAAUUUUUUCCAUACAUUUUAGAGUGUUUUUUAAUUAGCUUGUUUAGACUGAAAAAAACCUGUUGAUCCAGCAUGCUCUGUUCUUUUUGGUCCAUCAAGAACCAAAUCCAUGUAUCACAAUCAGAGUACUGCCUGAGCUCAAAGAUGCCCACCAAUGUCUUUUAUACAAAAAGGCCACCAUUCAUUCCACUGGAGAGACCACAUUUCUAGGUGCACUCUUUUUGAGUUCCUUAAUUCAAAUGAAUAUGGAAGCA